GCAUCGCAGCGCUGGACCGGAGGAGCGGUGACAGGGCGAUUGAUUAACGCAGGACAUGCGCUCCGUCGAUUCUCGUCACUGGAGUCUUGUGCACGAUUGUCGAUGAGUGAUACCGGGACAGCCUCAAAAUUACGGUGCGUGGUGAGUCGAUUAAUCGCUGCUGGUGAUAUCCGUGCCGAGGAUCCAGCAGCAUGCGUGGUGGGAGUACUUGUGAAGCAGCACCCUGAAUACGGACGCAAGCCGCAGGCGGCGCUACGAAACAUGGUGCGCGAUGCGUUGUCGGAGGGCUCCAUCAAUGACACCGACGUUUCCGCGACCGGGAAGCGGACUAUAGAGACUUGCGUCGUCAAUGUCAGCGGUGGGGACUCAGGAGUGGCCAAGGCGGUGGCGUCUAUGAACGAUGGUUUGCGGGGGACGUACUCGGCGCUCCAGGGCAGCCCGUUGGCUUCACCGACAUCUUCGAGACAGGGCGAUGGGUCUGCGUCAGCUGCUCGGUCAUCGAAAAAGCGGCGGGUCCACGGGACUGCCCCCGAGGAGGUGGUAGCUUCGGUCGACCCAGUAGCCGCAUCGCGUCGCCUGGCUCCGCAAGUGUCCCUCAACGAAUAUGUGGGUUAUGCAGGCGCGGUGACACGCGUGCGGGAAGCGGUCGUAGACCAGUUGUCAGCGCGUGAGUCGUAUGCGGCGCUGGGCGUUGAUGGUCCACGGGGCGUGCUCGUGCAUGGACCACCAGGAUGCGGAAAGACGCUUCUCUGCCGGGCGACGGCCGGUUCGGCGGCAAUUGCGCUCGCAGCGGAAGGGGGUGGUGAGUUGAGCUACUUUGAGCUCUCCGGUGGUGACCUGGGGUCGGGACCUGAGGCGGAGAUGAAUCUAGAGCGACUGCUCUCGGCAGCCACUACAGCGGCGCCGUCUCUCGUCUUCCUCGACGAUCUCGAUGUGCUCAUCGGUUGCGGCGGUAUUGCGUCGCGCCUCUGUGGAUGCCUUGACGCGUUGCCCUCGUUCCGGUGUCGUCCGGAUGCUACGCCACCGUCGUCAUCAGAUGGGUUGAAUCUUGUAGUCGUGCUUGCCACGGUAAGGACCCCCGAUUCGUUGGACACGCGACUUCGGCGGUUGGGUCGCUUUGCGCGGGAGGUCGCAAUUGGCGCACCCGACCGCGCCGCGCGAGAGGCCAUACUUGAUGCGGCACUCCCUCGUCUUCGGGAUCACGAUGUUGCGCUUCAAGAUGUGGUCCGCGUGACGCCCGGUUGGGUCGGCGCAGACCUCGUCGCCCUCGCCGACGAGGCCGGCGCUGUCUGUGCACGACGCGUCAGCGCGUGGCGCGCUGCCGCAGCUGCCACGGAUGGUACGGCGGCACAUCCAGCCGCUACUGAAAAAAGUGUCUUCGUUGCCCUCCCUAAUGGUGCUCAUAUGCCGCCGUCGCCGCUCCUGGUGACGCAUGCAGAUGUUUUACGUGCGCUCACCACCGUAGAACCAUGCUUUGGCCGGUCGGGCUUCAGCCGUGCACCCGACGUUGACUGGAAGGACGUCGGUGCGCUCGUCGGCGUGCGGGACGAAUUGACGACGUCAAUUCUUGCGCCUAUUGCGGACCCUGAUCGCUUUGCUGCGCUUGGCGUUCCGCUUCCGGCCGGCGUACUCCUCUACGGACCACCGGGCUGCGGUAAGACGCUCCUCGCCCGCGCAGUCGCCCGGGCCUCGGAUGCUAAUUUCAUCAACGUCAAGGGUCCUGAGCUUCUCAAUAAAUAUGUUGGCGAGAGCGAGCGGGCUGUCCGGGCGCUUUUUGCGCGCGCGUCUGCGUCUGCUCCGUGCAUCGUCUUCUUUGACGAGGUUGACGCCCUCGUCCCGCGCCGUGGCGGCCCUCUCGGCGACGGCACGCAGGCUUCCGGCGACUCAAAUGGCGUCACAGAUCGCGUCGUCAAUCAGCUUCUCACAGAACUCGACGGACUUGACACACGCGGCCAGGUCUAUGUUGUCGCCGCGACGAAUCGUCCUGAGCUUGUCGACCCCGCGUUUCUCCGUCCAGGGCGCGUUGACAAGCUUCUUUUUGUGCCUCUCCCUAGACCAGAGGAACGGGUUUCCAUCCUUGUCGCCGCCACACGCCGUGUUAAGCUCCACGCGGAUGUCAACCUUGCCGCCCUCGGCCGAGACGCCCGCGCCGAUGGCUUUUCUGGAGCAGACCUUGCCGCCGUCGUCCGCACUGCGGGCCUCGCAGCCCUAAAACAAGGAAUGGGCGAACUCAACCAUGACCACUUCCACGCUGCUCUCGGCCAGAUACGGCCCUCCGUCUCCAGUGGCGAUGCUGAAGCCUACGACCGGGUCCACGCCCGCAUCCGCGGCACGGACAGCACGUAGCACCUCGAAGCGCCUUUCAUCCGUGGGUUGUCGGUGGACGAUGUCGUGCUCGGACGACGCGGCGAUCUCGGGCUCGAUCGACUUACAGGUGUCCUACACGCCCGCGCCGGGCAGCCCGCGGGAAACUCGACGCUUUCUAGUUUGGGCCCCACCCGCCCCCCCGGCGCCUGAGUAAAGCCCCCAGCUGCCGGCCC